AUGCCAACUGUUGCUGGACAAGAGUCAAAAGGAAAAGCUGAGGCUACUCACACAAGGAAUCGAGAUAUCCACUACUUAAGAUGUCAUGGGAUAGGACACUAUGCUUGUCGAUGUCCAAACCAGCGAACCAAGAUAUUGAUGGAGAAUGGAGAGGUUGAAACCGAGGAAGAGAAAGAAUGUGAUUCCACUUCAUCUUUGGAAGAACAUGAGGUUAACCAGCAAGUGUUGAUUUCCUUGUCAAUUGGAAAGUAUGAAGAUGAAGUGUUGUGUGAUAUAUUGCCCAUGGAAGCAAGUCACAUUCUGUUGGGAAGGCCAUGGCAGUUUGAUCGCAAGGUUAAUCAUGAUGGCUACACCAACAAACACUCUUUUGAGCACAAAGGGAAGAAGAUCACACUAGUUCCAUUAACACCACAAGAGGUCUACGAAGAUCAGCUGAAACUUGGAAAGAACAAUGUGAGUGAACCCCUAAACACUAAAAACCAUAAAGAAGAGAGUGAGAGUUUGAGAAAAAUCCAGCAAAAGGCCUUUGAGAAUAACCACGUGAAACAAUCUAACUUCUUUGUUAGAGAAAGUGAGAUUAAGAGAGCUUUUUUUUUGAAUCAACCUAUAAUUGUGCUCAUGUACAAGGAAGCUCUCAUGAGUUUGACUAAUCUUGAGCCGGAACUUCCGAGCAAUAUUGUUUCUCUUUUGCAGGACUAUGGCGAUGUUUUUCUUGAAGAAAAUCCAGAUGGUUUGCCACCAAUUCGAGGAAUUGAACAUCAAAUAGAUUUUGUCCCAGGAGCUUCACUUCCGAAUAUGCCAGCCUAUAGAACCAAUCCUGUGGAGACAAAGGAGCUGCAGAAACAAGUCAGUGAGCUCAUGGAAAAGGGAUACAUUAGGGAAAGCAUGAGUCCAUGUGUUGUGCCGGUGUUACUUUUGCCAAACAAAGGACAUCGAAGCCUAGAUGACCAUGUAGAGCAUUUGAAAACUGUUUUAGAUGUUCUUAGGAGGGAGCAACUGUUUGUCAAUUCCAAGAAAUGCACUUUUUGCACAGAUAACCUUGUUUACCUAGGAUUUGUUGUGAGUGCACAGGACAUUAAGGUCGACGAAGAGCAGGUAAAGGCAAUUCGAGAGUGGCCAAGUCCAAAAACGGUUGGUGAAGUCAGGAGUUUCCAUGGUCUUGCCGACUUCUACCAGAGAUUUGUGAAGGAUUUCAGCACCAUUGCUGCUCCUCUCACAGAGGAUAUCAAGAAAGAAGUUGGAUUUAAAUGGGAGACAGCACAAGAAGAAGCAUUUCAACUCUUGAAACAAAAACUAACUUCUGCACCACUUUUUUCUUUCCCAGAUUUUAAGAAAACUUUUGAAAUUGAAUGUGAUGUUUCUGGUGUAUGA